AUGCCUUGCCUUUACAUCUCCACCAACGUGAACCUAGAUGGAUUUGACACUGAUUCCAUCUUUUCUGAAGCCACCAAAGCCAUCUCUUCCAUCACUGGAAAGCCUGAAGACUAUGUGAUGGUGUUGCUUAAGGGAUCGGUGCCCAUAUCAUUUGGCAGGAGCACCAGUGAGCCAGCAGCAUAUGGUGAGCUAGUAGCAAUGGGUGGAAUUAACAAACCAGUGAAGAGGCAGCUGAUUGCCACCCUUGGCACAAUCAUGGAGGCCAAGCUUUCAAUCCCAAAGACCAGAUUUUUUCUUAAAGUUGUUGAUAUAAGUACUGCAACAGGGUCUAAGCUCUGA